UUUAUCUCAUCUGAAUUCGGUCUGAUGGGUCUGGAAAGUGUGUUUCCUCAAGCUAUCAUUUCACUGUUUGCCGUGUGGUGUCUUUUCCCAGGCGACCGCAGAGGCAUUCAGUGGCUUCUGGGAUCAGAUGGAGAGGUAUGGGUAUGGGUUAUGGGGGAGGCCCGGGGGGACAAGCCCUUUGAAGACAUUGUGGAACAGCUGAUGGAGGAGAGAGCCAGGAAGCAGGCCCAGCGAGAGGCACAGGAACUCCGGCGUGUGAAGGAGGCAGAGAUUGAAAAGAAGUUUCGAGAUGCCAUGGCGAAGGAGAAGGCUCGCUUCGUGGCAGAAAAAUGGAAGGAGGAGACAGAUGACAGAAAGGCAGCCAAGCAGGAAGAAGAGGAAGAUCGCAUUAGAGAGGAACUGAAGAAAUAUGAGGAGGAAGAGAGACAGAGAGGCGAGGAAGAAAUCCGCCAAACUGAGGAGAGAAGAGCAAAGGAGCUGUACAUCUCUCUGAAGCAGGAGGAAAAGAGGAGUGAGAGAGAUGACAAAGAAUGGCAGGAACAAUUGCAACGCUCUAAGGCGGCGGAUGAGGAGAUGAAGUGCAAGGCACGACGGGCUAGAGAUGAUUACAAGCGCCAGUCUUUGCGGGCUAUCGAGAAGGGCCUGGUGGCUGGACUCAGCGGCCUGUUCCAUAAGACGCACCCGAACGGAUCGGGUCACCACCGACGGCAUGGCACGGUCAUUGAACAUCAGACCCCUCCAGCUGAGGCCGGCCAUUCACCCGCAACAAGUGCUGGCCAACUCACUUCAGGCCAUUACAGGCGCAGACAACACCGUCGUUACAGCAAUCCAGUCACACAGUCACUCACUGAAUGCCCAGUUUGGAUUCGUCCACCUAGGCCAAACUCUCGAGAAUCCAUCAUUCGCUGGUUUAAAGAGGAGCAGAGACCGAGACGAGCGGGUUAUGAGCGAAGCAGCAACACCAUCGCCCCCUGGUUCCACGGAAUAAUAUCACGGCAGGAGUCAGAGGAUUUGCUGACCAAUGCCGCAGAAGGCUGUUUCUUGGUCAGAGUGAGUGAGCGGAUCUGGGGAUACACGCUGUCCUGCCGCACUACCUUUGGCUUUAAGCACUUCCUCAUUGACGCCUCGGGUGAUUAUUACAGCUUCCUAGGCGUUGACCAGGACCGUCACGCCACCUUAGCUGACCUCAUUGACUUCCAUAAGGAGGAAGCGAUCACCACGUCUGGAGGAGAACUACUCCAGGACCCCUGCAGGCCGAAAAGCUCCACAGCUGACUACGGAGGGCUUUUUAUGUGA